CAUGGGCCAAAUAUUUAGGAGGGCCAAAAGCAUGGCCAAGAGAUCGAGUCAUCCACAGCUGCGGGUGACGUGGUCAAAGCCAAUCCCAGAGGAGAAUUCGCGAAGUUGCCAAUCUGAACGUUGGGAGAGGUUCUUGGACUCCUCCGACAUCAACACGGACGACGAGGAAGAGCGGUUAAAAGAGAUACAGAAAUGGCUCAGCACACUGUGUGAAAAAGAAAUCAACGAAGAUCACGUUAAGGCAAUCCCAGUUGACAACUUGCCUGAAAUAUUCCGGCCGAAGGCACCAGAGUCGUCUUUACCACAUUCUCGUCAAUCCUCUCUACAACGACCACCCUCGCAUCCACAUCCACCAUCACCGACGUGGACACAGUCUCCCGAGCGUCCCAGAGUCGUCCAACCCGACCCCCCUCUUCAGCGGCAAUGGUCACCCCCACCGCGGCCACCACCAGACGAACCGACGCUAUCACCCCCGGUCCCUUCAGAUAUACCUGCUCACUUGCCGCGGACCCUCUCGCGAAACCGGAUCGAAAAGAUCAAGAAGUGGCUCUUGGACAUUUGUCCGGGUAGAGAUUUUACCGAUAGAUUCAUUUCUUCGAUUCCGCGGAGACUCCUGCCCAAGAGAUUGCAGGAUAAGCACGCCACUCCUCAGCGAUCCAAAAAAUCUAAAAAGCCUCGACCCCUACCCUCGCAGGUUAAUUAUACGCCUCAGUCAUACGAUAGUCAUGAUUCCAGGAAACUAAAGUCGCAGGACAGCAGUGAUUCCAAAGCAUCGCAAGAUAGUGGGUUGGAAACAUUGCAAUCGCAUGAUGGCAAGGGUUCGAAUACAUCAUAGUAUACGACGAUAAGGAUCAGAAUUUUUAAAAUUUUCCUGUAAGGCAUACAUCAACGUUGCCAUAGAAUUUGAAUGCAUGAAUU